CCCGGGGGCCGUGGUCGCGGGGCCCUGCGCGGGGGCGGCCCCCAGCGCGGCGCUUCAUGGAGCGGCCCGGGCCCAGCCGCCGGGGGCAGCGCGAUCCCGCGGGGUCCUGUGAGCCCCCAGCGCCACGGCACCAUGUUGCUGGUUGAGAAGACGACCGACUCCCCAGCGGCCGAGUUCUCGCUGGUGGAGGACGUGGCGCUGCACUUCGCCUGCUUGAUGGGCCGCCUGAAUGAGCAGCGCCUCUUCCAGCCCGACCUCUGCGACGUGGACCUGGUGCUGGUGCCCCAGCGCAGCGUCUUCCCGGCACACAAGGGCGUGCUGGCCGCCUACAGCCAGUUCUUCCACUCGCUCUUCACGCAGAACAAGCAGCUGCAGCGUGUGGAGCUGUCCCUGGAGGCACUGGCGCCCGGUGGCCUGCAGCAGAUCCUCAACUUCAUCUACACGUCCAAGCUGCUGGUCAACGCGGCCAACGUGCACGAGGUGCUCAGUGCCGCCUCACUGCUGCAGAUGGCUGACAUCGCCGCGUCCUGCCAGGAGCUGCUGGACGCCCGCUCCCUAGGCCCACCGGGCCCCGGCACUGUGUCCCUGGCCCAGCCAGCCACCAGCUGCACCCCAGCCGCGCCACCCUACUACUGUGACAUCAAACAGGAGACCGACACCCCGGGUCUGCCCAAGAUCUAUGCCCGCGAGGGCCCUGACCCCUACUCAGUGCGUGUCGAGGACGGGGCAGGGACUGCUGGUGGCACAGUGCCUGCCACCACUGGGCCAGCCCAGCCCUUCUUCAAGGAGGAGAAGGAGGGUGGUGUCGAGGAGGCUGGCGGGGCCCCGGCCAGCUUGUGCAAGCUGGAGGGUGGGGAGGAGUUGGAGGAAGAGCUUGGGUCUUCCGGUACCUACAGCCGCCGUGAGCAGUCCCAGAUCAUUGUGGAGGUGAACCUCAACAACCAGACACUGCACGUGUCCACAGGGCCCGAGGGGAAGCCGGGUGCUGGAACGAGCCCAGCCACCAUGGUGCUGGGCCGGGAGGACAGGCUGCAGAGACACUCGGAGGAGGAGGAGGAGGAGGAGGAGGAGGAGGAAGAAGAAGAGGGCGGUGGCAGUGGAGGGGAGGAGGAGGAGGACGAGGAGGAAGGAGAAGAGGAGGAAGAGGGUGGCAGUCAGGGGGAGGAGGAAGAGGAGGAGGAGGAAGAGCACAGCGGGCAGGAGGAGGAGGAGGAGGAAGAGGAGGAAGGGCAGCAUAGUGAGCAGGAUCAAGACAGCUCAGAGGAGGAGGGGGAGGAGGAGGGGGAGGCCGGACGCAGGCAGGGGCCAGUGGGGCACCAGAGCAGCCGGGCAGACCCCCCUCCCCACGGCCGCAUGGCUACGCGGUCCCGGGAGAAUGCCCGGCGCCAGGACACCCCAGAGCCCGAGGAGCCUGGGCGGAGGGGUGGGAAGCGGCUGAAGCCGCCCCCCGGGGUAGCCACUGCACCAGCCCGUGGGCCACCAGCCACUGAUGGGCUGGGGGCCAAGGUGAAGCUGGAGGAGAAGCAGCACCACCCAUGCCAGAAGUGCCCACGAGUUUUUAACAACCGCUGGUACCUGGAGAAGCACAUGAAUGUGACCCACAGUCGAAUGCAGAUCUGCGACCAGUGCGGCAAGCGCUUCCUGCUGGAGAGUGAGCUGCUGCUACACAGGCAGACGGACUGCGAGCGCAACAUCCAGUGUGUGACAUGUGGCAAAGCUUUCAAGAAGCUCUGGUCCCUCCAUGAGCACAACAAGAUUGUGCAUGGCUAUGCAGAGAAGAAGUUCUCAUGCGAGAUCUGUGAGAAGAAGUUCUACACCAUGGCCCAUGUGCGCAAGCACAUGGUUGCCCACACUAAGGACAUGCCCUUCACCUGCGAGACCUGCGGGAAGUCCUUCAAGCGCAGUAUGUCCCUCAAGGUGCACUCACUGCAGCACUCCGGGGAGAAGCCGUUCAGAUGUGAGAACUGCAACGAGCGCUUCCAGUACAAGUACCAGCUGCGGUCACACAUGAGCAUCCACAUUGGCCACAAGCAGUUCAUGUGCCAGUGGUGCGGCAAGGACUUCAACAUGAAGCAGUACUUUGACGAGCACAUGAAGACACACACAGGGGAGAAGCCGUACAUCUGCGAGAUCUGCGGCAAGAGCUUCACCAGCCGGCCCAACAUGAAGCGGCACCGGCGCACGCACACGGGCGAGAAGCCGUAUCCGUGCGACGUCUGCGGCCAGCGCUUCCGCUUCUCCAACAUGCUCAAGGCCCACAAGGAGAAGUGCUUCCGCGUCAGCCACCCGCUGGCCGGCGACGGCGGCCCCGCCGCCCCGGGCCUGCCAUCCGCCCCGCCCCAGGCGCACGCACUGCCCCUGCUCCCGGGGCUGCCCCAGACCCUGCCGCCCCCGCCCCACCUGCCGCCGCCACCCCCGCUCUUCCCCAGCACUGCCAACGCCGCGGGCGGGCGGAUGAGCGCCGGCAACUGACCGCGCCUGCACCUGCUGGGACCCAGCCUCCCCUCCUUCCUGGGGAGGGCAGCGGCCGGGCCGGAGCCCUGCGCCCCACCUCCGGAGGUGGCUGGAAGUGCUCCGCCUGAGGCCCCCAGCCUAGGGGUGUCGCGGGCUGGCCGCCCCCGGAGCUGGCGGAGGACACCUCACUCCCAAGUGCCCCCUUUUCUGCGACUCCUUGAAGCCUUUACUUUUCCUUUUUUCUUUUGGAAGUGAAGGAAAAAGAAGACAGGAAACUAUUUGCGGCACCCCCUCCAGGUGAGGGGGGUGCUGGAGGAGGCAGGUACAGUGGGGAGGAUGGGGCCUGGGCAGCAGCCGAGGCCGGUCACUCUGCCGAGCCUGAGUCAGCCUCAGUCAGUGGCUUAUCUCCAGGUCCCCUGUGUGGCUCAUUUGCUCCCUCAUCUUGGAGGGUUUGGGGAAAAGUUGGGGUGUUGUUGGCCCCGUUGGAGGAGCUGUGUACGCAGUCUGAGGACUGCAGACCUCCAGGCAUGGCUUGAAACUGGAUGUAUGAGUGUGUUCGGUGGGGAGUGGCGAGGUUUGAAGACUGCAGACCCCGCUGUGCACCUGUGGGGUGGGGCAGGCAGGGGCUGGACCCCAGGGGGUUGCUUUCCCCACCCACACCCCUGCCAGAGUGCACCUGGCUACACCAAGAGCCCUGAGUCCAGAGAAAGUGUCCCCAGAAGCUGCUGGGCCUCAGGGUGUGUGGGCCGGGCCUCAGGGUGUGUGGGCCAGGCCCAGGGUGGGGAGACAGGCUGACUCCCGCUGCACCAGGGGCUGCAGUCAAGGAGCCCCAGCAACUGGGUUAGACACCAGGAGCAGGGUCAAGGAGGAGGCUUGGGUGAGUGUUUUAGGGUUUCAAGGUGCUAUCAGUGGGGCGGGGGGGCAGGGCUGCUGUUCAUAGAGCACCCUGUCCCUCACCAGCUACCCAGGCCAUAUCUCCCACACCAGAAGGGGAUGUGUGUGUCUGUGUCUGUCUCUGCUCCCUAAGGCCAGCAUCAGGCCUCAUCCUCCCCCUAUGUCUAGCCACAACCUGCCCCUGGCUGGCUCCAGCAUCCUUGUCCCUUCUGGGCCUCUGCACUUACGGUAGGUGGGACGCCCACAGCACUGCCGGCGAGAGGAGCCUGCAUGUUCAGGCCCCAGGGGGUGUGGGGCUGUGGGAGCCUGGCCUGGCCCAGUGCUUGCCCCCAUGAGGCCAGCACUAAUAGGAUACCCUUUUUUGUUGUCAUUUAACGUCUUUAUUCCUACCUUUGAAAUGGGGAGGAAGGUUCCAUAAGCUACAUGUUUCCUAGUUAAGCUCUCUCCUGUUGUGUUUAUACGGUUUUGUUUGUUAUACUCUUUGCACCUUAAACCCCCACUACUCCCUGCACACUGCCACUUUCCCAGCAGGGCUAGAGUGGGAAGAGGCCUGGGCCGAAGGGGGAUGGUGGGGGUCUGGACCCCUCUAAACUCGUGAGGCCCAUGGCGCUGGAGUAGGGGGCUGGGGACAUUUUUAAUCAUCAAUAAAUGAAGCACUUUAUUCUGUAUGGAUGUGGGCAGGCCCGAGGUGCCCGAGUGAUUUGAGGGUUUAUAAUCUAAGCCACACCACCCCAGUUGUUCUAUGGGCUUGGAGGAGGCAGUGCCAGCAGGUUCCCUGUGCAGGGCCCUUCCCUGGCCUGGUGAGCUUGGGGCUGCAGCUGGAGCAAUAUGAGCCAAAGCCUGCAGACACCCUCAGAUGUCCCUGCUGUCUGUCCUCUGAGGAGAGAAGGUCGGUCCCUCCCCAAGAGAGGAAGCCUUCCUGUCUGGCUCUGGGCUCUGCCGCUCCCCUGUUCCAAGGCUGGGGUUUCCAGUUCUUGUGGGGUCAGGGCUGGGCCUUCCAGCUUUACUGUGGCUCUUUUCCUCCCCUGCACCCCUUAAUCUUUGGGCUUCCGUGACAUCCUCAGGGUCCCCCCUCCCUCCCCCAUGCUAUUUCUAACCUCUGGUCUCAGUGCCUGGCAGCUCUUCAAAGCUGCUUCACGUUUUCCCUAAAAGUGGAUCUCCCCAGUGGGCUGUAGGUAGGGAUGUCCAUGGGUUCUUCACCCUCCAUCACUGGCACCAGGGUCUCCCAUAGGGGCUGAUGGCCUUGUCACCUGCUUGCCCCACUGCAGCCUUAGUGGGCCUGGGGGCUCUGGCCAGGCCGGGACCCUGGUGUAUCAGGCCAUACUUUGACAAGUGGAGAUCAAAGACGGGUGUGGAGAGCUGGUGAUAAAACCCUGUCCCAGGACUUGAGUUUCCUGUUCUGUAAUUUUACCCUCUGGGGGCAGGCAAGGGGUCCAGACAGCUGGCUGGGCACUGGUCAUGAUGGUCAUUAUAGCUUAGGUGAGCAUGACCAGCCCCUCUCCUGGGAGGCCCCUGUCCCACUGGGGACAGGAGCCCCAUGUCCCUGGUGCUAAACACUCUCUUCAUCUUGGGCCAGCGUUAAUGGGAGUGGGCAGACCACAAGGCCAGAAGCAAUAAUGGCACUUCAGCAGUGCCAGUAUGGAUAGGGGUUCUUGCUUUACCACCUUUUACAUUUCCUUUUUAUUUUUAAAACAAAUUAAUAAGCACCUGGAUGUUGGAGCAAGGGGACUGGGGAAUCACACCUACUUCCCAGGGCUGGGGGUAAAGGUGACCCAGGACCUCACCUCCCAUGGAGAUUGCUGGGGUCCUUCUGUCCAGCUCAGCUUCUCAGCUGUUUGGCCAGAACUUGGGUCUGGAGCCAGGGUCUGCCCCCUCCCCAGCUCCCCUGGGCUCUCUGGCCUUGGGCCAGCUGGGAAUGAAUGGCCAGAGUGGUGAGGUGGGCCUCAAGCCCUAUGGGCACAGGUCCAGGAGCUAGGGCUGAUGUCCGAGCCUGAGCCUUCAGCCCCCUCAUGCUGCCACCACCUCCACAGUGCCCCUUACAGGGGGCUUGGUGGCAGCAGAAUGUCUGUGCCCAGACCCCUGAUAUCUGGUCAUGUAGGGGCACCCCACAGCCCCAGAGCAUGGGGGACAGCAGGCGUGCAAGUGAGGAGAGUAACAACAAAUAAAGUCAGUACAACUCC